UUCAGCCCACACAGCAUUAAAAUGCCUGAAGAAGUGCUUUACUCUAAUGUGAUGUUUAUAAAAGCAAAGAGGGAGACCAAUGAAAGAGCUUCCCCAUUGGCUAAUCCCACUUUCUCUCAAGUCAAUAUUUCAAGGACUCAGCCAUCCACGACAGAUGUGCCUGAGCUUCCUCAACAAGCGGAGCUGAGCAGAAAGUCAAAGUUGCUCUCAGAGAGACUGGUCCUGCUGGUUGUCAUUGCUCUCCUGGCUGCUGCUGUCAUUGCUCUGUGUGUUACCUCAUUUAAGCAUGGACAUCACAGAGAGGGAAGACACAAACAGAAAGGUCAGACGAGUUAUAAAUGUGAAGAUGGCUGGGAGCAACAUAAAGGAAAGUGCUAUUAUUUCUCCAUCGGUAAAACCUCCUGGAACGAGAGCAGAGAUGAAUGUAGAGCUAAAAAAGGAGAUCUGGUUAAGAUAAACAGCACGGAGGAGCAGAAAUUCCUGGAGAGUAAACUGAAAGAAAUCAAGAACUCUGAUGACAAGUUCUGGAUCGGACUGAUAUACUCAGCUAAAAACAACACAUGGGUUUGGACGGAUGGAUCACAGCUGAACAAAAGUUUGACUUUUUGGAGCAACAAAGAGCAAGACUAUAGAAAUGGAACAAAUGAGCAAAGCUGUUUAAGGGUGGUGGGGAAAGGUGGAGCUAAUGAUCUGAAGCUUACAUCCUGCAAAAAGCCUCAAAGAAGUAUUUGUGAGAAAUAACUGAACACUGUAAAUAUGCAGUUGUCUAAAAUUCAGUCAGCCUAUAAAAUAGUCUCGGUAAAAAUACAGA